CCCAGGGAUCAAUAUUCAAUACUAACUAAAAUGUGGAUUAUACUGAUUUAUCGGUGAAAAAAAGACCAAAACGUAACAUCCGGUUAACCGGAAUGGGAUCCAUUUGAUUUGCCACAGAAAUUAGAAAAUUGAUUCCAGUGCUCAUCGAGAAUGGAGACGAAGGAGAUAGAGAAGCUGUGCCAGAGGUGCAAACAAAGCUACUCAGAUUCUUCAAACGACGCUUCCUCUUGCCGUUUUCAUCCUUCCUUCUUCGUUUGUCGUCGCCACGAUGACCAGAAAAGGUAUUAUGAAUUGAAACCAGAAGAUCCACCAUAUGCAGCCAAGUUCUACGACUGUUGCGGAGCAGAGGAUCCUAAUGCACCAGGUUGUGUCACCAGUCCUCACAUUUCAUAUGAUGACUAAUACAUAUAUAAAUGAGCUCUCACGACCCUUUUUUCCUUGAAACAUUUUGUAAAAAAUCUCACAUUUCUUAGUGUUCUUGUAAAACAAAAGACUUAGCUUGUGAUCUUGCUGCUGGGUACUGUUUUGAGACACUUCUUGAGUUUUGCACAUGGGCUACAGCGUAAAUUGUUUUAUUGCAUCUUAGGUGGGUUUUGUGAAUUGGGGUGUCUGAACCUUUUGACGUGAGAAUUUUCGCGAGGGAUUUGGACGAUUACAGUGUAUUUGGUUGUUCGUACACUUGUAAUCUUGUUUUCAGUGAAUGCUUGUAAAAGAGAGUGAAAUUAUGAAUUGGUCUGAUAGUUUUUUUUAACUCGAUUAAUCUGAUCA